GAUUCUUAGACUGCAUAUACAACGCAUGUUCACCAGUGGCGUUUUGUAAACGAAUCACAACGGAUUUUGGCAGUUUUUCUUAUCUCCGAUAACAUCAUUUAAAUCAGGAUUGGCAUCUAGCCCACCCACCAGCAAGCCACCAUGGAUGCAGAUCUGUACGAUGAAUUUGGGAACUACAUUGGUCCUGAGCUGGACAGUGAUUCAGAUGAUGAGCGGAAUGGCAGGGGAGAUACCAUGACAGACUUUGAUAUGGGGGAUGAUGAUGAGGGUGUCGACGACAUCGAUGAUCAUGAUGACGAGGAUACCAGCCAGGCCGUGGUCCUCCAUGAAGAUAAGAAGUACUACCCGACAGCAGAGGAGAUCUAUGGACCGGACGUUGAGACCAUCACGCAUGAAGAAGAUGCACAGCCACUUACAGAGCCAGUCAUUGCACCUGUCAAACAGAAGAAAUUCACUCUCACGGAACAGGAGUUGCCUGCCACAGCCUAUGACAUGGAGUACCUUGCAGACAUGAUGGACAACCCCAAUCUCAUCCGCAAUGUGACCUUGGCUGGACAUUUGCAUCAUGGGAAGACGACCUUUGUUGACUGCUUGCUUGAGCAAACUCAUCCAGACCUGAGGACUAAGGAUGAUAAACAUCUGAAAUACACAGACACUCUAUUCACAGAACAUGAGCGAGGAGUGAGUAUCAAAGCUCAACCUGUCACACUGGUCUUGCCUGACUGUAAGGGUAAACAUUUCCUCGUCAAUGUCAUGGAUACACCAGGUCAUGUCAAUUUCUCUGACGAAGUGACAGCUGCUUUCAGGAUCUCUGAUGGAGUGGUGGUCUUUGUGGACGCUGCCGAGGGCGUGAUGCUCAACACAGAGAGGGUGAUCAAACACGCCGUCCAGGAGAAGCUGGCCGUCACCAUCUGCAUCAACAAAAUUGACAGAUUGGUCUUGGAGCUGAAACUGCCUCCUACGGAUGCCUACUACAAGCUGAGGCACAUUGUGGAUGAGAUCAAUGGCUUGCUAAGCGUGUACACCGAUGAGGCUGAUCAGAAGAUCGUAUCUCCUCUCCUUGGUAAUGUUUGCUUCGCGAGCUCCCAGUACAGCGUCUGCUUUACCCUGUCAUCAUUUGCCAAGAUCUACACCGAUACCUACGGGGACAUUGACUACCAGCAGUUUGCCAAGAGGCUUUGGGGAGAUAUCUACUUCAGCCAGAAAACGAGAAAGUUCACCAGGAAGCCUCCAGUCAGCACAUCACAAAGGAGCUUCAUAGAGUUCAUCCUGGAACCAAUGUACAAGCUCUUUGCUCAGGUUGUUGGAGAUGUUGAUUCCACUCUCCCUGGUGUACUGGAUGAAUUGAGUAUUCACCUAACCAAGGAAGAGAUGAAACUCAACAUCAGACCCCUUCUCAAACUCAUCUGCAGAAAAUUCUUUGGAGAUUUCACAGGUUUUGUGGAGAUGUGCGUAAAUCACAUACCAUCGCCAGCGGACAAUGCUAAGAACAAGGUGGACCACUGCUACACAGGGCCAGUUGAUUCAGAUCUUGGUGAUGCCAUGAUUGACUGCGAUUCAGAGGCCCCCUUGAUGCUGCACACUACUAAGAUGUACAGCACAGAGGACGGGGUGAGCUUCCACGCCUUCGGACGGGUGAUGAGCGGGACCAUCCAUGCCAACCAAGAGGUCCGGGUCUUAGGAGAGAACUACACUUUAGAAGACGAGGAAGACUCCAGGAUCACCAUGGUGGGAAGGCUCUGGAUCUCAGAAGCAAGGUACAAGAUAGAAGUGAAUCGUGUGCCGGCAGGUAACUGGGUGCUGAUUGAAGGAGUGGACGAACCAAUCGUCAAAACGGCCACUAUCACUGAAAGCAGAGGAUUGGAUGAGGUGUAUAUUUUCCGACCUCUGAAGUUCAACACAACGUCAGUCAUCAAGAUAGCGUGUGAACCAGUCAAUCCCUCGGAGUUACCGAAGAUGUUGGAUGGACUAAGGAAAGUCAAUAAAAGCUACCCACUCAUCACAACAAAGGUUGAAGAAUCUGGAGAGCACGUGCUCCUUGGUACGGGAGAGCUCUAUCUAGACUGUGUUAUGCAUGAUCUCAGGAAAAUGUACUCUGAAAUCGACAUCAAAGUAGCAGAUCCUGUUGUGGCUUUCUGCGAGACUGUUGUGGAAACAUCUUCUCUCAAAUGCUUUGCUGAAACUCCUAACAAGAAGAACAAACUGACAAUGAUCGCUGAACCCCUGGAAAAGAAUCUCGCCGAAGACAUCGAGAAUGAAGUCGUCCAAAUCUCAUGGAAUAGGAAACGACUGGGAGAGUUCUUCCAGACCAAGUACGACUGGGAUCUGUUGGCUGCCAGGUCCAUCUGGGCCUUUGGACCUGAUGCUACAGGACCAAAUAUCCUGGUAGAUGAUACACUGCCAUCUGAGGUGGACAAAGAUCUACUGACUUCAGUGAAGGACAGUAUUGUGCAGGGAUUCCAAUGGGGUACCAGGGAAGGGCCACUUUGUGAUGAACCGAUUCGUAACGUCAAGUUUAAGAUUCUUGAUGGUGUGAUAGCCAGUGAACCCAUCCACAGAGGAGGAGGGCAGGUCAUUCCCACAUCUAGGAGAGUUGCAUACUCGGCCUUCCUUAUGGCCACCCCAAGGUUAAUGGAGCCAUACAACUUUGUUGAAGUGCAGGCACCCGCUGACUGUGUGUCGGCUGUCUAUACUGUACUCGCAAGAAGGAGAGGUCACGUUACCCAGGAUGCACCUGUGCCAGGGUCACCGCUGUACACCAUCAAGGCUUUCAUUCCAGCCAUUGAUUCGUUCGGCUUUGAGACGGAUCUGAGGACACAUACACAAGGACAAGCUUUCUGUCUCUCUGUCUUCCAUCACUGGCAGAUUGUCCCUGGUGACCCAUUGGAUAAAGGUAUCAUCAUCCGACCUUUGGAACCCCAACCAGCCACUCAUCUAGCUAGAGAGUUCAUGAUCAAGACAAGAAGACGAAAGGGACUUAGCGAGGAUGUUAGCAUCAACAAGUUCUUUGACGACCCUAUGUUGCUGGAACUCGCCCGUCAAGAUGUGAUGCUCAACUAUCCCAUGUAGAGACCUUCAUGAUGUCUUUCUUGUUGGGAAUCUUUGUAUUUAUACUUGUUUCUAUGGUAAUUUUUCCUCAAAGACCAGGCUUUAGAACCGCCUGACCCAACCUUUGCUCUGAUGAUGUCUUACCUGCCAGCCAGCCAUCCCUAUUUUGGAGGAAUGAUUCCCUUCUUUUGGCCUUCAAACUAAUGCUACAUUAUGAACCCUAGAUUAAUCUCUUAUUUCUUGAAAUUCCAUGAAAAGGAUACAGGAUACUCUGCUUCCUAAUUUUGCUUAACAGAUAUCUAUUUUUACAGUUAGGAAGGUUGGGCUGUGCUUCAUGAAAAAUGAGCAUGGAGCAAUAGCAGCCAGGGCAUUCAUUGUCAAACCAGCUCUAUUAUGAGGUGCAAAUCCCAACAUCUUAUAUGGGUUAAUUUGUUUUUAAUUCUGACCAGGAAAAUAAUUUGUUCUAAAGGGCUUGUUAAUCCUCUUUGCCAUCCUUAAAUUGGCAACACUCCUGCUUGAUUUCUUUUAUAUUCUACUGAUCAAACAUAAUGGCCCGGAUUCACAAAGGAGGUUUGUCGACAAACCGAGGUUUAUGUA